AUGCUCUCUUCCAUGGCCCUCUGGGGCCUCAAAAAGUUUGAUGCCGAGGCCGAAGCACGUGCCCAGGAUGCGGCAAAGGAAGCCAUCCUCAAGCAGUAUGAAGAGCGAAUGAAGCAGAAGAAGGGCGGCAAGGAUGACAACGAUGACAUGUUCUCCUCUAAAAUGAUCUUCUCCUUGAUCAACAAUGCUCAAAUCGAGAUCAAGAACAUUCACCUCCGCUUUGAAGAACGCGAACACCCACAGCAACCCGCCUUUGCUGCUGGCAUCACACUGGAGCGCCUGGCUGCCUACAGCGUCAACGACCAGGGGCACCGCUGUGAUCAUUCCCCCUCCAGCACUACUGCAACCAAGUACACCAUUCUAAAGGGCCUGGGCCUUUACGUCGAUACGCAACUGCAUGACCGCAAAUUGCUCCUCAAUGCCCCAGGCAACGACCGCCGCGCUGCAAUGUAUCGCUCUAUCGUUGAAAAGCACCAGUUUGUGCUUGAUCCUUUGAGCUUUGACGGCCACUUGCGCAUCAGCAAAAAGAUCAAAGAGGAGGACGGGACGACGCCGCCUCAAUUUGAUUUCAAGUCGCAGAUCCCUGUCAUCGGCCUGGCACUUCGUCGUCUUCAAUACUUCAGUCUCUUGCGAGCUUCUGACAGCUUGACCAUUCUCACCAAGCGCCACACCUACCGGGAUAUUCGACCCAAGGACCAUGUACGAGGACACGCCAAACAGUGGUGGAAGUUUGCGUAUGAGGCCAGCGUUCGAGACUGGCGGGCGUCCCGCAAGGUCUGGACUUGGCAAUACAUGGCAGCGCGCCGCAAGCAGCGACAGGAGUAUAUUGCACUCUACCAGCGCGUGGUUCGUGAGGGUAGCGACAAGCAAACCCCCACCAGUCGCGCCCUCGGGCAGCUCGAGCGUACCCUGGCCAUUGACGACGUUUUGUUGUACCGCAAGAUUGCCCGCUCUCGUCUUCCCAAAGAAAAGAAGCAAGCCGGAUUUUUCGGCAGCUUCACCUCAUUCUUUGGAUCGUCCUCUCCUCAAGAAGAGGAAGCGCCCGAUGAGUCGGCCAUUCGGAAAGAGUUUCAGCAGAUGCUCGAGUCCGAGACCGACUACGAAUUGGCCACCUCAGUCGAGUACGAGGCCACCCGGGUGCAAGCCACACUUCAGAAGUUUCGUUUAAGCCUCUUGGACGAUACCAAGGACAAGGAGGCCGUUCUCCUAGCACUCAAUCUCACGGGCCUCUCGGCUAUCUUUGCCCAACGCCCAGCCGCCGAGGCCAUUGCCGUGCAUACGCAUCUCAAGUCAUUUGACAUUCAGGCCUGCCGCAACGAGAAGGGUCAGCUCUACCCACUUUUGUACAAGCCUACAAAACAGGGUGAAAGCACAACCGCCCAGAACUUGUUCACCCUGGCCUACGAGACCAAUCCAAUCCGCAAGACCGAUGUCAAGAUUGCCAACAGCUUGCGGGCCUCACUCCAGCCUCUGGCUAUCGACGUCCAGCCCCAUUUUCUCCAAGAAAGCCUCAAUUUCUUUGCCCCGCCCAGUGACAUUGAUACUCGGGAGCUCAUUGCGCUCGCCACUUCUGGUCUACUGGAAGCGCACGAACAAACUUUGGCCGGCCUUGAAUACGCCGUCAGCACCAGUUCGAACUUUGAGAUUGAUGUGCAAGCGGUGGCCCCCCGCAUUCGAAUCGGCGUGGACGACGAGCGCUUUGACAUGCUGGUGCUUGAUCUAGGCAGCUUGCAGAUUAAAAGCAAUUUGAAAACCAUUGCCGAUGCCACCAAGCUGAGUUUUGAAGAGCUUAGCGAAGCCGUGUACGACGAUUACGGCGCGAAGCUCACGGGCGUACAGUUGGCCGUUCUGGACGGCACGACUGCUUGGGACACCGGCUUUCUUCAAGAAAAAGCACAGCACGGCAUGUGUUUGUUGCGGCCCAUUAAUAUCGAUGCAGUGCUCUCGCGAUGCCUGCGAACGCAAGACACCCGUUUGCCGGAGCUCAAACUCUCAGCAAAGCUGCCAGAGCUGAGUCUUGAUCUCGUGGAUCAGCAGCUCGUGGGUGCAUUGCGCAUGACAACACGCUUCAUUGACGAAGCUGGCUUGGCCCAAGAGGCCGCGCCGCCAGAUGAGGCCUACUGGGACAACACAGGUCCCAGCUCCCGCCAAGCCCUCGAUGCCGACAAGUAUCGAGCUGCCUUGCUGGAUGAAGAUGAGGAUCAAGACCAGGACGAGGACGUUGCCGCUGAUCAAGAAGAUGACUUUCAAGAUGCAUCGGACAAGCUCGAUUCUUCUGGUACGCCUCAUUGCAAUGCCUGCUCAUUGGUCAUGUGCGUGCCAACUGUCAUCUCACUUGGGCUUUUCACCUCGUGCUCGCGCCACAGCAGUCUGGAGGGUGGCGCCAAGCCCAUCAUUCAAGCCAAGCGACGUGCAAUGGCACGCAUCCAAAAGCUUGCAGGCUCUUUUAGCAUUGAUCGCGUUAGCGUUAACAUCCACCACACGGCCAAGAGCAAGUCCCAAGACACCGAGGCAGACUCGUCCUGCACGAGCGAUGGCGUGCGCCAGCUUCUUGGCUUUGACAUUCAUCGCAUUCACGCCCAUUUGGGUAUGCGCACCUUUGACAUGCGCGUCAAACUCUCCAUCGCUGGUAUGGCCAUGAUCAGCUACGCUGGCGUCGAGCGGGGCCAAGAUCCCUACUAUCUCCUGUACACGCAGGCUGAAACUUUUGGUGGACAAGAGGAGCCGAGCCCCGAAACCAUCGCCCAGUGGGUGGCCAACGCAUCAAACGAGCACGACUUCAUCAGCGUGGAACUGGCCAUGUCCCCCAUGACAAAUCCGCUGUUCGAGAAGGACUUUGAUAGUUGUGAAAUGGAUAUCCAACUCCGCAUCACACACGUCACGCUGGACAUUGCACAAGAAGGCUUGAUGGACUUUGCCCAGGCUGCGUUUCCGGCGCUGCAGCAAAUCGGCAAAGACAUCACCCUCAUUACCCAACAGCAGCAAAAGCGUCAAGCUCUGCAAGUGACGGUGCCUGAGUAUGCAGAUACCACACCCACGCUCUCGGUAGAGGCCACCAACGCUCGUACAAAUUCGCUAACUUACAAGCCCAACCACAAGUUUUUGCGCCUGCACGCCAAGCUGGAGGGUGUUGAUGUGGCGUUGGUCAGCGAGCGAAAGCGCCUCGUCAUGUUUGACCUGCGCGGCGUCCGGGCAGAUGUAACACAAACCAACGAAGAGAUGCUCGUCAAGGCCUCGCUCAAGAGCAUCUUGAUGGAGGACUUUUCCGUGGCCAAUUCCAUGUACCCCAACAUUAUCACCAUGGAGGAACAGAAGGAGCUGCUGAGCCUGCAUUAUCAAACCUUUUCUCAGCCUGAAAAGCACGACGGCUACGGCGCGGACAUUAAGUGUCACCUGGGUACCAUUCAAGUCGUGGCCAUGGUGGAGCUCAUGAACUCCCUCAACACUUUCAUCAAGCCAUUCAUGAAGCUUUCCUUUGAUGCUGAGCGAGUCGCAGCCACCUGGUCGGCAGAACAAGACGCCACGGUGGCGACAGCACCGGUGGCCCCAGCGGCCAAUGCUGCGGCCCCGAGCGGGCCCUUCAAGUUCAAAGUAGCCUUGCAACUCGCCGCCCCGGAAAUCAUCGUGCCCUUUCAGGCUACGCGCAAAGAAUGCUUCGUCCUCAAGCUUGGCAAAAUCCACGUUGACUCGAGCUGCCCAAUUCAUCGCCUGAGCAAUGGCACCUUUGAAUACCAAGCAUUCUGGGUGGAGCUACAGGGCUUGCAGAUGAUCCGCACGGAGGCUCGGCCACACCACCGCUCGCUGGAGCACCCGACCCGCCCUCCACCCAUUUCUACAAACGAUGGCAACCCAAUCAUGGUCAUGACUGAUGUGCACCUGCAGGCGCUUUUGCAGUUGACGCGUGACAAUCUGGACCGAGCUUCUGAUGAUGAUGAGGCAAACACCACCGCGUCGGCUUUGCGCGAGGACGCAGACGCCCGCUCCUCCCAGUCGACGGCAACGAGCACCGAGAGUGUUGCCGAGAGCGUCAAGGACAUCCUUGGCUUUGCGCUCAUGUCCAAACACCGCGAUGAGACUGUUAGCAAUGCCUUUGACUCGAUCCUCGGAUUUGAGGUGGAUCGCCUUGAAAUUCGCUUUGGUACAUCCGACUAUCGCAGUGUGAUCGAGCUCACCAACAACGUGCUCUCCGCCGAGGUGUUGCAAGUUGCACUCGAAGAGGCGGACAGCGAUUCCCUCUCUGUGCUCAGCGAAGAUGACGUGCAGAGCAUUGGGGACAUUUCAGCCUCGGGCACAUCCGAAGGCUCAAGCGACAUUGCUGCCGCAGACACGCUCACGACCAGUCGCUAUGACGCUCGUCUCAACGGUCCACAACCCUCGACCGUGUUCGCCUUUGCCCGACUGGGAGAGAUUCGAGCGACCCUAUAUCACGAACCCAGCCGUGAUAACCUUACCGACGUGCAUGCUGACAAGUACAAACUUGCCAGUCUUUCCGUGUCGGAAAUUCAGGCAGUCUACAGCACCAGCAAUGAAGACGAGGUGGAAAUGAGCGCAGACCUUUCGCUCGACGCCAUCCUGCUCCGCGACUGCCGCGAGGUCCCCAAGGCCCACAACUUUGACCGCGUCUUCCAAUCCGGCAUUGUUGAUGAAGACGGCAAGAACUUGAUCCCAGAGCGCGCCGCCAAGAUGCAGGGUGAGGAUGACGCUGUCGCCGAAGAGCGCGACCCGUGUCUGCAAUUCAAAGUUGAAGCCGACCGUCGCACCGUUAAAUUGUGCGGAACACAGGAUGUCGAUUUUACUGACACCGUAUGGCUGGAACAGCUGCGCCAGUUGGGCACGCUUGUCCACUUUUAUCGUCAGGAGGCAGCCCCCAUUGGUCAGAACGUAGCUGUGGCCGAGUUUGACAGUGCUGAAACAGCCGCGGAUGUGGUAGACAAGCUUUUGGAUAGCGAAAUUGCCGGCCUGUUUCGUGUCGAGCUGGGGCCUGCGACCCGCUCAAACAUGGACGCCAAGUUCACGGGCUUUGAUGUGAUUCUGGCCCCCGACUUUUUGGCGGACGUGCUGAGCUUUGUCCUCGACCCUUUUGCUGAUGACAAGGGUGAUGACGUGGCCGCUGCGUCACAGAAGGAAACGCAGCACGCGUCUGCUGGCAUGCAAGUGGCCUCGGCUGGGGCGUUGGUGCGAGACAUGUGUGCGGUCGAAACGGAAUACCAGCAGUUUCCCACCAUGUUCGACAUGCUCUUUCUACGCGCUCGAAUCGAGCAUCCUGCUGUCAUGCUCAUUGAAGACGCCAGCAAGGAUGAUACCCGCUGCCUUGUUCUGGACUUUGUGCUCAAGGCCGACUACCAUCAGAAUACCGAUGUCACGACGGCCUUUGCUGCCAUUGAGGGCCUGACCGUCAUCUCCAAGGUUUGGAACAGCCCGGCCACUCAAUUGGAGGUCCUGAGUCCUGUGGACGUGACGGCCCAGUACCGCCAGGGACUUGAUUCGGUCAAGGCCAGCCUCAUGGUUGGGGAGUUGGGUAUCAACCUGGCCUAUGCAGACAUUCAGCUGGCGACGCGCCUUGCUGCUUCCAUCAGCAAGCCCUUUGAGUCCGUCAACACGGAGGUUGAUGCAGGCGCAGAGCGCACCACGUUGCCCGUGGGCUCUUUUCCGGCUCCCAGCUGGACCCAGGCCCCCUUUGCAGUCGACUUCAAGCGGCAUCUGCCCAAGCGUAGCGCCGUGGCCCAGGGGACAUCUGCCACCCUGGACGAACUCUAUCAAGUGGACGUACCUUUUGUGGACAUUACACUGAUCAACACCAUGCACGAACGUCGCACGCCCAUUUUCGUUUUUAGCACGGCCGUGACCGGCACAAUCCGCAACCCUUCGACGCGCAUGUCAGGCUCGAUCAACCUGAGUCUGGCUGCGGCGGUGCUGGAGCCCAAACAUACCGCGUGGGAGCCGUUUUUGCUAUCGUGCGAGGAGCGCGAUGAAGGACCCCGCCCCUAUGAGCUCACGGCACGCAUCAAGGCCGACGAGUCCCCCUUUAUUGAGGGAGACAAGUUUGUUGUGGUAAAGGAGAGCGGGCAUGACAAGAUCAAAAUGGCCAACGGCUUCCGCGGUGGUCGUGCCGCGCACAUGACCGAGCAGCGCGAGAACACCUUUUGGUGUGCGCACACGAGCCGCCACUCGCGCGGUUGGGUCGUUUUUGAUAUGGGCAAGACCGUCAAGUUGGAAGCCUUCCUCUUUACCUCCAUGGGGCUGGCCGACCACGCACCGCUGGAGAGCGAGCUGCGCGUGGCGGACAAGCUCGACGGCAACUGGCGAAUGGUCAGCCGCUUCUCCUCCCACCUCCAAGAGACCGAGUUUGCUUCGCCCAAAUUCACGGCUACCGGCCGCUUUUGGAAGUGGAGCGUGACUCGGUGUCAUGGCAGCAACAAGAAUGCCUUUAUCCGCGCCGUGCGCUUUCAAGAGCAUACGGGUGGCCUUUCCCUGGUUUUCGAGGCCGAGGACCGCCUCGAUGCCACCAUCACCUCCAAUGCCGUGGACCGGUUGCUUAAAAUCUCAACUGAAUGGAUGCGCGACCUGAACCGCGUUUGGGAGGAGGAGGACAAGGUUGUCACCAAGAUGGGCAAGGACAUUGGUCUGUACGAGUUGGAAAACGCAACGGGUCGGCCUUUGGCCUUCAAUCCCAGCAGUGUCUUCGACAAGCAUCAAGCUCGCAAAAACCAGGUGGCACAUGGCGAUGUGCGCAUCUUUGCCAUUUCCGACAUGCCCACGCAGCCGCACAUUGAUGACGUGAAGCAAAUGACUCACACACGGCUGGUCAACGCGUCUAGUCGCCCCAUUCGUGAUCUAGUCGUACUCCGCGUGGACAAGAAAGAACACGCGCCACCGGGGUACAAGGUCAUUAAGCGAGAUCUCAAUGAGGGGACGGGUGGUUACAAGUUUUACCUCGCCUAUACAACAGAGGGCGACCAGCCACCCAUCACGGAUAUUCACGUGCAUCAUGCCGGCAAGCUGCACUGCUCUUCCGCCAAAGACGGCUGCUUCGAACUUCCCCCGGCAGGGCACACACGCAUUGACGUCAAUAUCAACGAAAAUGACGGCAUUAAGCGCGGCCGCCGCACGUACAUCUCCUUCUCGCGGGAGCCGGGCGUGCCCAUCACGGCCAUUACAGUGGCCUACAUGGGUGGAACGCUCAAGGAGGCCGUUCCUUCCGGCUUCCGCCUUAUCCCGAAGAACCUCAGCCAGGGCCGCAAGAAAGGAGAGAACCCGUACCUUUGCAUCAAGUAUGCGGCGGCCGAGGACCUCUUGAACCAACCCUUGGUGGCAGACCGUGAGCCGCGCCCCAUCACUGACCUGCAUAUCGUGGGCCUGGCACGAGCCACAGACACCAAGCUACCUGCGCCGGACCGAGCCAUUCAAAACUGGGACAGCGAGUAUGAUGGCAAGCAAGUAAAUAUGAACGAAAAGUCGGGCGGCAUGGCCACAUACUUGAUGUACGCCCGCGACUCGACACGGGCACCCAUCACUGCCUUGGCCAUUACCGUGCAUCCACAGCCGCCGGGCCAUGGAUGGGAAACAUUGCCCCAGAACCUGAACGAGGGUAACAAGGCGCAAGCCUUGUACCUGCACUACCAGCGUGAGCCUGGAGCACACCCUGUAGUGGAGAUGAAGUACACUUCUGAGCGGGAAAUUCCUGAAGGCUUCAAGGUCCUCACGCCCGAGCUCAACUUGGGCCUCAACUUCAAGCCAGCCCUGUACUUGUGUUAUCGCACGGCGCCACGGCUUCCCAAGAGCUUCCGUUUGGACAACGAACAAGCCGUGUUGCGCGGCAAUGAAGACCUGACCCUGGAGGAAAAGCUUGAGCAGGAGCAUGCCGAAUCUCCUGAUGACGAGUCAAGUCAACGGAGCGGCCCGCGUACCCUGCUCAAGGCCAUCGAGUGCUUGGCUGCUCGCCGUGCCAUUCCCAACGUUAGCGUUGAAGUGGAGGGGUGGAAACCGCUGGAGAACAUCCCGGUCGACCGUACGGGGGAAUCGACUUAUCUUAUGGAGGACAUCGAGGGUAAUUUGGCGCGCGUUGUUAUCCACGUUUUUGUUGAAGGCGAGGUCAAGCGCAUCGUCAUCCGAUCCCCGCUCCAAAUUGUGAAUCGAUUCCCCUUUCCUGUCGAGGUGCGCUGCAACCCGUACCUGUAUCCGGAUGGUGAGAUGAAGCUGCUGCAUCCGCAUGAAGCCUACAGUCCCCCGCUUGGGGCCCUUGACGCGUCCAGUGGGCGCUCGCAGAUUGUACCGCUGUACCGCUUCUGGUCGCCACAGCGCGAGCGCCACGUUUACUCUGCCAACCCCACUGAGGUCGUUCGUAUGGAUAGCUCCUUUGUGGCUGAGGCCGUGCUCGGCUAUAUCUUUACCGUGCAGCUUGACGACACCAUACCCCUGUAUGGGUCUCGCAUCAACAGCUACAGCACGCGCUUCAAGUGCUUCACAAACCGUCAAGCCUCGGAAAAGCAGGCUUCGGAUGGCUCGAGCAAGAAGAAAGAAAAGCUUCCGACACAUGAAGAGUUGCUGGCCUCGGGCCAUCAGGUUCUCGGCUACGUGCACCCACAUCCCACGCCCGAGACGGUUGCACUUUGGUCUUUUGCAUCCAAGUCGCUCGAUGAUAAUCUCGUAACGACGGAGCGCGACGAAGUCACCCAUAAAUUUAGCGAGUUGAGCCACUUCUUCUCAAAGUACCAUGGCUAUGCGCACGAGCGUUUGGAGGCGCACGUUUUACGUCAUGAAGGCGAUGUUCGCGUGCGUCCCGCCAUGCAAAAUAUUGAGUGGUCCGUUGAGCAGCGCCAGCUGCACCAAUCCGUUGUCCCUCCUGAAAAGAUUCUUGUCUGCCCUCGCCUAGGCGAUGUCGCCACGAUUGAUAAGCGUGCGGGUCAAUUUGCUUGCUACCUCGACUCCCACAACGGAGAGCUGUCAACGGCCUAUGAACUCCGAGCCCCCGUCUCGUUGCGAAACAUGCUUCCCUGCCCACUGGCCCUUGCCGUAGUCAAGCAAAAGGAGGAUGUGCCAAAGCAUUACGUGGGUCUGCGAUCUGGACAGAAACAAUCCCAGCCCCGCCUUGAUGCAUCGUUUCGCCUGACCUCACGUGUUUUCCCUGGGCCAUGCACCCGCGGUUGCGCUAUUGCUAUAGCCAUUCUUCAAUUGGCAACGGAACGCAAGUUUGUGGUGCGUCUGAGUUUUGCGGCCAGUUCAUCCCGAGAUGUCUUAUUGGAGGACAGCAAGGAUCUCCCCAUUCCACCCGAGCUCUGGUCACGAGCCUGCACCAUCGAUUUGGACAAGCAGAACAAACAAGACGUGGCUGAUCUCUUUGCAACAGUGCACUGGGUGGAUCCAAUGACUCACAAGACCAACCUGCUGAAGCUUGGCCUCAAGGUUGAGCGUCGGCACGGCAGCCACGGUCCCGUGUGUCUGACCGCUUUCUGCCCCUUCCAGUUUAUUGAUCGCACCAGCUUGACGCUCAGUGCGUCCACCGAGGACGCCGACAACACCGGCAUCCUACCCUUGGGCAGCCCCGUCGAUCUGCGCGCCAACACUUUUGCGGACAGGAUGAAGGAACAGAUUGUUCUUCUAUCACCCAUGAACAACGCAGAUAAGACAUUUUUUGUGACGGACCAGGGCCUGGAAUCCGAAACGUUUUCCCUCAUUUCGGCGCCUUCUAACUUUGUCAUCAAGCUUUUCCGGCCUGGGCGCGACAAGUCGGGUCAUCCAGACGCCCAACUUGCGAUUCACUGGGAGUUUGGUGAUCGUAUGAACCUGAGCAAGCGCUUCAUCAUCGAGUCCAUGCUGACCUUUGAAAAUACUACGCCCAUGCCCAUUCAAGUGGCCAUGGUCCAGCACCCUGCCGAAGCGCCCGGCAAGGACUUUCUCGAGGUCCAACCCUUUGAUCAACGAGUCUUGAACCUGGCGAUCCACAAGCAGUUGUGGAAAAUUCGGGUGCCUGGUUGCGAAGCGUGGUCGGCGGCCUUCUCCGCGACACAACACCUGGAUUCGCUCAACACGACGUAUACUCUCAAACUGCCCACCGAGUCCUUCGUGGCCGUGGACGCCAAUUGUGUGGAACACAUGCUGCGCCACAUUGUAUCCUUUUCCGUGGCAACACACCGCCCGCCUAUGCGCAUCGAGAACUACUCGAGCCAUGUGAUCGAAUUUCAUCAGGGCUGCGACGCAACCGAGUCUAAGAAAUAUGUGCUGCGAGCUCAUGAGGGCAUGAAGUAUGCCCUUGAUGAGCCCGCGCCCUUCCGCCAGAAGGACGCCAAGCGCGACAAGCUGGUGCUGGCUCAACCCGAGCUCGUGUUCUCCGCCAAGCACACCCGUGGCAAGGCAGAGCCCGUGGCAGUACGCGUGAUUGGCGAUCAGACCAAGUGCUUAACGUUUGUCGACGAGCAAGGCCGGGACCAAACAAUCUUUGUGUGUGCAGUUGCUGAAGCAGAGGGUGCCACCGUCUGCUACGUGUUAGCAGACACAGUAGCCGAAAUGCGCGCGCUUUUUGGACUGACGGGUGACGUUGACGCAGAUGCCAACUCGGAACAGCUCAACUUUGAUCUGACGUUGGACGUUGCUGGCUUUGGCGCCUCUUUUAUUGCGGAUAUGGCUGGUAGCGCGCCCAAAGAGUUUGCUUACUUGUCGGUGCUCGACAUUCGUGGCACCCUCAUUGACACCACAGAGUACUUCAAGGUCGCCGCAUCCAUUCGCCGCUUGCAGAUUGACUAUCAGGCCCCAGAUGCCGAGUACCCCGUGCCACUCUACGCGGAACAGGAGAUGCUAGCAGAGGAUGACCCACAACGCCAGGACGUGAUCACGGCCUCGUAUGUUCUGCGACGUGGAGACAUUGGCGUCGGCCGCAGUCAAGACUUUGUGGAGCACCUGGGAGUACGCGUGCUGCCUCUGGUGGUGCGAGCCGAUGGUCGCUUUGCGGCUGAUGCCAUGGCAUUUGCCAGCAUCGCCGAACUGUUACCGGCAUCAUCAGAGCCCUCGGCUCCUGAGCCAGCGCUGCCCAUGCUGUGGCGUGAUGUGCAGUUCAAUCCAAUUCAAGCUGCCAUUACUGUAACAGACAUGGACCCGGUCUUGGAUCAGCUGCCCAUGUUCCUUCGUUCCCUGGGCGUGUCGCUUGUCAACCUGAGCAAUGUGACUUUCAAGCUGAAUUCCAUCCAGCUACAAGAGUUGUUUGUCACCAUGGACCAGCUCACGGCCAAGAUUGGCCAGGAGUACAAGCGCCAAGCCAUACGCUUCGCCUUGACCCAGGGAGUCAUCCGUGGCAUUGGUGGCCUGGAAAUGUUUGGCGAUCCCCUGGGCGCUCUGUCAUCGGUGGCCGGUGGCUUCUCCAGUCUCUUCUACGAGCCUUACAAGGGCCUGGUCAAGGGUCCGGGCGAGUUUGGCAAGGGCGUAGGUGUAGGCGUGACCAAGCUUACCACGGGUGUGGUCGGAGGCAUCACUGGCAUCGGGUCCAAGGUCACGGGUGCAGCUGGCUCUGGUCUGGCUACUCUGACCAUGGAUGACAAGUAUGAGAGUGAUCGACGCCGCGAUAUGCAACAAAAGCCCACCAACGUGGGCUCGGGCGUGGCCACGGGCUUGAAGCGCUUUGGCAAGGGCUUUUACAGCGGCCUGACGGGUGUAGUCACAACGCCCGUGCGAGAAGGCAAGGAGAAGGGAUUUGUGGGUGCGCUCGCCGGAACGGGUAAGGGUUUGGUAGGCCUAGUGUCCAAGCCAGUUGGUGGCGCCGUGGACAUGGUCAGCUCAACCUUUGCGGGCAUUGACGGGCAAGUUCGCGGUGAAAAGGCGGUAACGCGACUUCGCCAGCCUCGUGUGCUGCGCUAUGAUGGUCACGUCACACCCUAUUCACCCCACUCAGCACUUGGUUUGCACAUGCUUACAUCCGUGGAUGUCCUUCACAAGGGCUAUGGCCAAUAUCAAUACGUGGGUCACACUCAGGAAGAUGUGUCCAGCGAUGAACCCAUCCGCAACGCGUCGGCCAUUGGUCGCCUAAGCAGCUCGCGCUCUCGCGAUGAAAUUGCUCUGCGCUUCAUCUUUGUGCUGGACGAGCGCAUCGUGCUGAUGCGCCAGACGAAGAACCGUUUUGAUAUCGACAAGGUUGUUGAUGCCCGAAAGAUUGCAGGCUACAUGGACAAGGGUGAUGAUGGGUUGCAAGUCAUCAUGUCUGACAACUCAGCGACGUUGCUACCCAUGCGCGAAGUGCGUGUCAAGCAAGAACUUGUCGUUUUGCUCGAUUACCUACUGCAAUUGCAUCGACGCAUCCCCGCAACGGUCUGGGAGUACCAACGCAAAUAUGGCGCUGCCUGGCGAGCCAAGAUGCUGGCCAUCGACCAAGCCCGCUGCUGGACGCUGGUCGACAACUCGGCUGGCUAUGAUCUUCAAGAGAUGGUCAAGCCCCCAGAAGGCUAUGAGUGGACAAGCGAUUGGAGCUUGAUUGAGACCAAAUCAUCGGAUAGCCAAGGUGGCUGGUCAUACACGCGCAACUUUCGCAGCCCGUUCUCGGACGAGGAAUCAGACCGGGCAGCCGUGCGUCGCCGCAUGUGGUCGCGUCGCGCGCAGCUGGUGGACGAGCAAAGUGAGGCGUAA